AGUUUCUAAUUUCAGAUAUCUUCGCUCGGGCCCGUCCAUUUGGACUUUUGUUGUUAGGAAGUAGUUUUGCACGAUUGUUUCUAGAAGGUGAACUAACUCAGCUCAGAUAAGGAAGGAGUGCAACCAUGGUGCUUUAUGAAAGAAUGAUUGAAGACAGCGGGCAGAGAGGUGACAACAUGGCAGAUAGAAGGCAACUGUUUGUUGAGAUGAGGGCCCACGACUUGGAUUCCAUCCGAUUAUCAACAUACAGAACAGCCUGCAAACUCAGAUUUGUGCAGAAGAAAUGUAACCUGCACCUGGUUGAUAUCUGGAAUGUGAUCGAGGCUUUCCGAGAGAACGGGCUCAACACCAUGGACCUCACCGCUGAGCUCUCUGUGGCUCGCCUAGAGAUGGUACUGUCCACCAUUUUUUACCAGCUGAACAAACGCAUGCCCACCACGCACCAGAUCAACGUGGAGCAGUCCAUCAGCCUGCUGCUCAACUUCCUCCUGGCAGCCUACGACCCGGAGGGCCACGGCAAAGUACCUGUCUUUGUUGUGAAGAUGGCCGUAGCAACUGUCUGUGGUGGGAAAAUUCUGGAUAAAUUAAGAUAUAUUUUUUCACUGAUAUCGGAUUCCGCUGGAAUAAUGGUGUAUGCACAGUUUGACCAAUUCCUGAGGGAAGUUCUCAAAUUACCCAUGGCGGUUUUUGAGGGACCUUCGUUUGGUUACACAGAACAAGCUGCAAGAACCUGCUUUGCACAGCAGAAAAAGGUCUCCCUCAACACAUUCCUCGAUACGUUGAUGUCAGACCCGCCCCCUCAGUGUCUGGUCUGGUUGCCACUCAUGCAUCGGCUGGCCAACGUGGAGAACGUCUUUCACCCGGUCGAGUGCUCCUACUGCCAUACUGAGAGUAUGAUGGGCUUCCGCUACCGCUGCCAGCAAUGUCAUAAUUACCAGCUCUGUCAGGACUGCUUCUGGAGGGGGCAUGCCAGCGGUUCCCAUAGCAACCAGCACCAAAUGAAGGAGUAUACGUCAUGGAAAUCGCCUGCUAAGAAGUUAUCCCGCGCACUCAGUAAGUCACUGAGCUGUGCAUCCAGCAGAGAGCCUCUUCACGCCAUGUUCCUCGAAAUGCCAGAGAAACCUCUCAACCUAGCUCACAUUGUAGACACGUGGCCACCAAGACCAGUGAACAUCACCAACGACCACUCGCUCUCCCACUCCAUGCCGACAUCAGGGAACCCUUACUCCACCAAAAACAAGAAUAAUGAUGUUGAGCAAAGAAAGCCCUUGACUGUUGCUGCUCCGCAUCUGUUUAAAGGGAGAGGGUUGAACUACAACCUCGAUGUUGCCGAUAGACUUGCUGACGAACAUGCUCUGAUUGGCCUCUAUGUGAAUCUGCUCCAAAACAACCCCAAUACAUGCAGAGAAAUCCUGCAGGAAAUCCAGCGGCUGCGGGUCCAGCACGAGGAGGCCUCCCAGCCGCCUCCCGACAAGGGUCAGCAGAACCCCACUCUGCUGGCGGAGCUCCGUCUUCUCAGGCAACGCAAAGAUGAGCUCGAACAAAGAAUGUCGACUCUGCAGGAGAGUCGCAGGGAACUCAUGGUGCAGCUGGAGCAGCUAAUGAUGCUUCUCAAGCUGGAGGAGGAGCGGAGACAAGCCACUCAGGGUCCCGGCUCGCCACGCUCUUCCCCCAGCCACACCAUCAGCCGGCCAAUCCCCACACCCAUCCACUCGGACUCUGCCAGCACGACCCCGACUCACACACCUCAGGACUCACUCAUGGGAGUGGGAGGGGAUGUUCAGGAGGCCUUCGCUCAGGGUCCAAGGAGGAAUUUAAGAAACGACCUGCUCAUUGCUGCUGACUCCAUCACCAACACAAUGUCGUCAUUGGUCAAGGAACUCAAUUCAGAGGGCGGAAGUGAGACUGAGAGCACUGUGGAUUCAGACUUUGGCCGUGGUGACCUGUCGGCCGCAACCUCUUCAGAUCCCUUCAUCACCUUUAAACAAAGGAGGGCCAGCGCUGCAGAGGAGGAGGGCUUUGAGAACGAUCUGGAGCAGCAGCUGGAGGACGAGCUCAGCUUCGAGGAGCUGAUGAAGCACAGGCAGGAACCAGACAAACCGUGCAUGGUGACUCUGCAGCAGUGACUGUGUUAAUCCAUGUCACUGGUGAGCAAUAUGAAAAGCAACAAUAGUAGAAGACACUGGACACUGGGCCGACGGUACCGAGCACUGAAGAAGUGAAGAUGAAUUUUAAGUUGAAAAAGAAAAAAAUUGCUAAGUCCAACCACAGACUACAUUUAUGUGAAGAUAUAUAUUUUUAACCAACCACAUAUUUAAAGUAAUACUGUGAGCUGAUGUAAAGAGAUUAAUUACUAAGCUGUCUAUGAUACCACAGGUGCCAUAAAAAAACUCAUGAUUUGUUUCUUCUUCAUUUUUAUCCUUUUUUUAUGAGUUGUGUCGCUCGUAUACAGUGUUCAUACACGGUGGCAAAGUGGCGAAUUCUCAUGUGUCUGAGUUUUAAAUGAAACGAACCAGGAUUUAACGUUCGUUCGCCAUCUGCUUUAUGUUUGAAACUUGAGAUUACGUUGGAGUUGAAGUUAUUGUCGAUACAAUUUGCAAUCUUUUUUGAGAUUUUAUCACUAUUCCAUAGAUUUCUUAAUGUUGCUGUCAAGUGGCUUUUGUAUUUUUUUCGUUUGUGUUUUGAAGCAGGCCCACUGCUAUUGAUCAGAAAGGUUUGUUUUAUUUGACACAUCGGUGAUAAUAAUGCACACUGCCUGCACACAGCUGGUUGGAUGAUCUCACAGAGGAGUUCAUUCAAACUGACGGUGCAGCAUGUAGCUAGCAACACGACCCGUUCAGCAGCGAUGCGACAUGUGUCCACUGGGAAAAAAUGAGGUUAAACUCAUUUAAUCUGACGCUUGGAAAGGUUUUUGGCUGAGAGAGAUUUGAACUGAAAAUAUGUACAAUGUCUACAUAUAAAAGGCUAAUUACACCUGGUUUUAGAUGGAUUGAACGUGUGCUAAAAGACAGUAACACAAACGCUUCCAAAUAACUCAAAUUCAAAGGUUUACACUGGUAAGGGCAUUGAACAAACUGUGUUUACUAUCAACGGUUAAUGAAUAAGGUUCGAUCAUAGAUCAUUCGCCAUUGCUUCCUUUGAUAGCGUCAGUGCUCUCACGCAGACCUGUGCAUGACUUGCACAGCAACAUACACACUCUUGAUGUAUUUUCUGAGUGUGCGUGAAAACUUUACUCAGUCACUUUGGAGGGGGAAAAAGUGGCGAGCCAAUCUAAAAUCAUAAAUGUGUGAAAUAUAUCUAGUUUGAUUUUUGAGCAAGUUCAUAGCAGUGAUUUUGCAUGGUGGUGAUGCAUAAUAAAGUGUUGACACAAUAUCACAA